CAUUCCCGAGAAUUCCCGAGAAUUGCAUUCCGAUUUGGCGAAGGGGAGCUUCCGGGAUGGUGCCAUGGCUGGGGCGAAGUGCUCGUGUCCCCUCAUAAAAAGCUUGCGACAAGAAGUCGUGAAACGAGCAACCAACCUCUCAACCCCCAAAACACUCACUCGCCCAACAGAUAUCUCACUAUGUCCACUAAUGAAGGAGUCUAUGUUCCAGGCGUCUAUGUUCCAGGCCAGGACAACAACAAUCAACAGGCAGCCCAAGCUUCGAACACUGGCAACGGCGGCGACGGUGGAGUCUAUGUACCCAACGCCUAUGUUCCCAGCCAAGGCGCUCAAUCAUCCUAUGUUCCCAGCCCAGCGGCUCAAGCCGCCUAUGUUCCCAGCCCAGCCGCACAAUCGUCCGUGCAUGCUUCUUACACACAACCGACGACGACAACAUCCACUCGGCCACCGGCAUGGGCAUCUGCAUCGGCCCCUCCCGGAACCAGUGAACGAGCGGCCGAGCAUGGCGAAUCGACCCAACGGCCCAUACCCAACUCUACUGCUGCUGCUGCUGCUGGAACGAAAGUGACAGACAAGGAAAUGCGCGCCGAAUUUGAUCUCGUGGAUGUCGACAACAAUGGAUACUUGGACGUGAACGACUUUAAGAAAAUAUUUGGAUCGCUCGUCUCCCGAGCCAUGAUCACCAAGGCGAUUGGAAUGGUGGACAAGAACAAGGACAACAAGAUUUCAUUUGAUGAAUACAAACAAAUGAGGUCGCAAUUCGGACCACUGCCGGUCAAGAUUCCAAACUUGGGAAAGAAGUAAAGUUAAGGAAUGACCAGGAUAAUGCAUUAGUAGCUUCACACACAACACCUUUAUCCUAGCUCCAGUGUGACGCGUUAGCACUUACAAUACUAGAACUCCCGGACCCGAAUUCCACCUCUUGCUUCCUUAGAAAAAUUUUGCUACUCUACAUCCAACUUAUUACAAUACUGUUUGUCUCAUUUGUGCAUAUGCCAUAUUCCUUAUGGAGGAAUAGAAUCAUUGAAUCAGUGUUUUUACUCUAUAUACAUCUCUAAUCCGCUUUGUCUAUAUCCCAUCGGCGUUGGUACUGUUGUCCCACGCCAACCAUGCAGUUCCAUUGAGAGCGUCGUCAUUGGCAAUCAAAUCAUCCUCUCCAAAUCCAAAUGGCUUGAGGAGUUGCUCGUCCUCUUCAGCCGAUAAUUGCACGUCGUAUCUAUACAAUGUUACAGCGAAGGAGACAGCCACCACAAUUGCAAUCAGGACGCAGAUAAUCAAGGCGCCGAUUGUAACAUUGCUGAUCUUCCGGGUGCUCUCCUUGGAGUCUUCUUGUGUCUUGCUAACGGAUACUCCCAUGGGAACUUCAAGGUCUUCAUUGAAUACUACGGGGGAACCGGAAGGUUCCAGAGACUUGACCUGGCUCUGCUGGUUUUGCUCUUUGUUUUGGGCUUGUUCAAGGUCUUGUUCAAUACGAGGGGCCAUGGUUGUAAUUGUGCUAUGGGCUUGCUUGGCUUUGUUGUUGUGAUUGUUUUCGAUUUGCUUUUGGGCUUUAAUUUUAUGACCUAUCUCUCUCUUUCUCAACCUCCGCUCCGCAUUAGCAAGUAGCACAGUAUCGAUACCAUAGCCUGCAUACAGCUGGCUACCGGUAGCUCAAGACACUGAUUCUUGGGCUUGGUGUAAACCGUCGACGGAGCCAUGCAGUCUGGGUGGUUGAGGUGGCAAAAACGCACCAUACAUGGUGCGGUCGUGGUUCAAGUCGAUUGAAUGAUUCGCGCGAGUCAAACGGCUCACAGGCUGCAUGCCUUUUCCGUAUACGCGGAUAGCUCUCGUAUAUACCGUCCUUUCCGCUUUCCACACCGCCAUCCUCCGCAUCAAGCCGUACAAGUCGUUGCUGCCAUGUCCAUUUCCUGCGGGAUGUGAUCUCGGGAGUAAAGAACAUUACCCCUAUUCAGCAACUGCUUCUGCAAGUUGCACAACUACAGCUAGGCACAACUACAGCUAGAAAGAGCAAGUGACAAAGGAACGAAUGGACCCUAGCAGGAGGUUGGAGCUGUGCUCCCCUCGUACCUGGUACCGGUAUCUUGAACACAAACUAAGUACUCUCUGGAUGUUUCAACUUCCCUUCAUUUGGCGAUAUUCAUCCUACAAACCAUAGUUUCCCUCGGUUAGCUCGUAGACUCUUCCGUGCAUGGCCGCGUGGUUCAUGCAGGGCUGCUCAGUAAUCAUGAUGAGGAACCAGAAAGGGUGCAUCCCUGCGAUCUCCUCUUUUGCUAUUGAAGCGCCUGGUUAAUGCAU